AUGGCGGAAAGCGAAACGCCCACCGCAACCGCCGCCACUGGCAACAGCAACGGUCGUGUGCACGAGGCCGUGGCUGCUUCGGCACAGCCCGAGCUCAAGGCAGAUCCCGUGCAGGCAGGCCCUGAAGCCAAGCGCGUUAAAGCCGAUGAAGGUGUGGAAAAUCCCAUUGUUUUCUUCGAUGUGGACAUUGCGGGUCAGACGGUUGGACGUAUGAAGUUUGAGCUCUUUGCCGACACUUGCCCCAACACAGCCGAAAACUUUCGCCAGCUAUGCACGGGUGAAUAUCGAAAGGACGGUGUGCCCAUCGGUUAUAAAAACUGCAGCUUUCACCGUGUCAUCAAGGAUUUCAUGAUCCAAGGUGGUGACUUUGUCAACGGCAAUGGCACCGGCAUCGACUCCAUUUACGGUGGUGCCUUUCGCGACGAGAACUUUAUCCACAAACACACGGCCCCCGGCGACUUGUCCAUGGCCAACAGCGGACCCCACACCAAUGGCUGUCAAUUUUUCAUCACCUGCACCAAUUGCAACUUUUUAGACGACAAGCACGUAGUUUUUGGCAAGCUGAUUGAGGGUCUGUUAGUCAUGCGAAAGAUUGAGUCCAUCCCCACUGGCCCUGACAAUAAGCCCAAACUUGAUGUCAAGAUCUCUCAGUGCGGCCAAAUGUGAGCUUGAAGUACAGCCAACCUGCCAAUGUUGACUUGUCAUUUAUUGUGAAUUUUGUGGUGGUUACCCGAGUACGGAAGGGAUGGCGCACCGGCAUUCAAAGUAGAUGGCCAUGGCCACCUGGAAGCUACUCGGUUGUAGCACCCAGGUUCCGUUCUUGCCCUGGCGUGAGCCAUGUUUAUAUCACUCCCAAACUUGUGAUGAUCAUCCUCCAUGGGCGCUAUGCGCCAAUUUUCCUUUUAAAAUGAAUCAGCUUUCCAGAAUUUAUAUGAAAAUGA